GGAAACAGUACCCAUCACUCAGAGCAACAACACUGUCCUGUCCCUGGUUACUGACACGGAAAGGAGACAAUCCUGAUCUUCUGAAUAUUGGAUCAUAUUUGGAAUCCAUUACUAUGGUCCCAGUGCUCCUCUUCCUGCUGCUUCCUGUGGCGAUCCUCUCACUUCCUGUGACAAAGUAUCAGCCAACGGACUGUGAGGAUGUCUACUACAACGGCUCUACACAGAGUGGGGUGUACACCAUCUUCCCUGCUGGACAGCAUUCUCCUGUCCAGGUCUACUGUGACAUGGGCUGUGAGGAGGAUGAUGAUGAAGGAAGGUGGACAGUGAUUCAGAGGAGGAUGGAUGGCUCUGUGAACUUCUAUAAACCCUGGGAGCAGUACAAGAGCGGCUUUGGGAAUGUAUCUGGAGAGUACUGGCUGGGACUGGAGAACAUCCUUCUUCUCACCUGGGAAAAGAAGUAUGAGCUGAAGGUGGACAUGGAGGACUUUGAGGGGGGGAAGGUCCACGCCACGUACGCCACCUUUGCUAUCGACUCGGAGGCAGAUGGGUACAGGCUGCAGCUUGGAAAGUACAUAGAUGGAGGAGCAGGAGACGCUCUGAGCUAUCACAAUCAGCAGAAGUUUUCCACCUUCGACAAGGAUCAGGAUAACUAUUACUACUAUUAUUACUAUUAUUAUUACCCAUAUUACAAUAACUGUGCCGAAAGGCAUCAGGGAGGAUUCUGGUUCAAUAGCUGCACGAAUACAAACCCCAACGGCUUGUAUGUUUGGGGGCACAAUAGCAACUACGACACUGGCGUCACAUGGCUAACUUGGAAGAGUUACUACUCCCUGAAGUCCAUCACCAUGAAGAUCAGACCCUUGUCUCUGGAUGAUGCGGAGGAGUAGGAGGAGCUUCUCUCUGGCCACGCCCACUCAUUGUGUCUGAACAAGGUGUGUGACAAGCAGCAGUGUAGGUCAGCAUGAAGCUCUGUAUGUCUGCAGGUGUAAUAUUAGUUGAAAUAGUUCCUAUUAUACUUAUGACACUCCUGUGGCUCUCAUGUUUCUUAUCUGCUUUUUCUUUCUUGAGGAAAGCUCUACGCAUUGGGAUCAGGGAAAAUCUUUCUGAAGGACUAAGAUUGGUUAUAUGCUUAUACACUGUAGUAUUUAAUCGCUAAUGUAUACUUAGCUCUACUGUACACAUGGUCUUGUUCUUGCAGGCUCUGGUGAUAUGCACUAUAUGUAUCUAUGCAAUGACAGCUUUGUAAGUCUCUCUGGGUAAGAGUGACAGACAGGUGGAAGAAUAAAGAUAAUGACC